AUAGAAAAGAAACGCCGCCAUUUUGACAUUUGUUUGGCUUUUGUGUUCCACAAUAAAGAUUUUCAUGUAAUUAAACAAUCAGAGCUAAUUGUAUUGUGAUUUUCGCAAAUGAAUAGUCAUAUUAUCGUGCCGGGUGGAUAAAAACGCCCGGAUCGGUGAUAAUCGCUGUUGUUAUGCGGCGCAUAAAUCAAUAAAUGGUUAAGAAUUCUUCUGAACUUGCAAUGCGGUUAAGAAGUAGAAAGAGGGAGCGACCGCUCUCCGGCAAGAGAACUUCUCAGAAGGUGACCAAAUUCAAGAAGAAACCGCUGAACAAGACUUUGCUGAAGCCCAGUCCGGUGUGGACGAAGAUUUUGAAGCCGGACCCGGCCAAAAAUGGCCUGUCCACUUCGUUCUGCAUCACACGUUCCCAAAAUUUGAAAACAAGACCAGUUAGAACUAGACUAGUGAAAAGCAUGGAGAAGUCUGUUGAUACAUCGCACAAAAACAAAUUAAAGCACAAAGAAAGCGCAAAGAAGCCGAUCUUCCAGACUGUUGUCCGUAACACCAACAAGGACAAUGUAACGUCAUCAACUAACGUCAAGUCCAAAGUGACCCAGAAUGACAAAGUCUCUACAACUUCUAAAACUAAAGAGAUCCGUACAACAAAGAGUGUGCAGCUUCGCCACAGCUCUUUAAACCGUGAGCUUCGUAAGACGGAAGUAGCAACUGCUAUGAACUCCCCACGUAAGACAAGGCGCAUGGAUAAGCCAGACAAAUCGGCUUCAUUGAACAGCUCUCCAAUACGUAAAGUCCGUCAAAUGGGUGUUCCAUCUCCAAAAGUGACUAAAGUCAGCUCUACGAACGAAAGCCCCAAAAAGAAAGGCAAAGCAAAGGCAGCUGUGGUUCCAGAAAACGGGAAUUGGUCUGAAGACAACGAUGUGACCAUGUACGAAGCUCACACUACAACGUUUGUUGAUUUCCCAACUCCAAAAUCUGAGGAAUCUGACUCUGAUGCUCUAGUGGAGUCUUCAGAUCUGUGUCUUCCUAACGACUGUCUCAAUGAUUUCAUAGCUAUAGCAGAAUGUGCUCGGUUGAUGAACGAAAAUUUGGGGACGGAAGAUGAGGUAAAUUUUUUAGCGGACAAAGCAGCUAGGGUCAUGACUACAGAGAAAGAGGACCCGAAAAAGACUUCAAGGAAGAACUCAGUAGAGAAACGUGUGAUCAAGCGUAGGAAGUCGAGCAAUGACUUGGAGAUGUAUCAGCCAACAUCAACUACUGAUGAUCUAGAUUCUUGUUCGGACUUCUUGACUAAUGGAGAAAAAUAUGUGCAGCCAGACUUCGUAACCAUGCUCGAGCAAGACGGCUACGUCCGUUCCUCUGAGUGUGAGAUAUCUUCCACCUGCGACACUCAAGGCACGGCCAUCGAAAGUUUAGAGGCCCUGUCUGCUCGGAGCCCCAGUUCGGGCUUUCUGGCUGAGAUUAGCCAGAGUCUGGCUGCUACCACUGGAGGUUGGGUCGAGAAUGGAUCGGACAUCGCAGCAGACGAGUCUUCGCUGGCGUGCCACGACGAGCAGCCGCCUUCUGAUAUUGAGGAGUCGUCGGGCGACGUUAUGUCUAUGUGCAGCGGGCGCGUGGCGUGCGAGCAGAUCUCCUCGUGGGUGGACGCAUUCGAUCCCUACCUGUUCAUCAAGCAGCUCCCGCCAUUAGAGUCAGUGGCGACCGGCGCAUUACGCGCGCGCUGCCCUGCGCUUCCACUCAAGACUCGCACCAGCCCAGACUUUAGUCUCGUUCUCGACUUGGACGAGACAUUGGUGCACUGUUCGCUGCAAGAGCUUCCGGACGCCAGUUUCCAUUUCCCAGUGCUGUUCCAAGACUGCAGAUACACGGUAUUCGUCCGCACCCGGCCCCACUUCGCCGAGUUUCUGUCGCGCGUCUCACGCUUGUACGAGGUCAUCCUGUUCACCGCCAGCAAGCGAGUGUACGCGGACCGCCUGCUGAACUUGCUGGACCCUGCGAGACGAUGGAUCAAGUACAGGCUGUUCCGCGAGCACUGUCUCCUGGUCAACGGUAAUUACGUGAAGGACCUGAGCAUCCUGGGACGAGACCUGCGCAAGACCGUCAUCGUGGACAACAGCCCGCAGGCGUUUGGCUACCAGCUCGAAAACGGCAUCCCGAUAGACAGCUGGUUCGUGGACCGCAGUGACAACGAGCUGCUCAAGCUGCUGCCCUUCCUGGAGCACCUCGCCACGAAAGACGACGUUCGCCCGUACAUCCGCGACAAAUACAAACUGUUCAGCUACCUGCCCCCGGACUAAGGCGUAUCACUGUACUGUAUGUAUCACUUACGUAUCUAUUUGGACAUUAGGAACGUUGAAUGUUAAAAAACAUUACAAUUGAGAGGGGCAUUUGAAGUAGAAUAACUUUUUACAAAGUGUGAGAUAUUUAUUUGCGCCUCUGCUACACUACUCGCGGAGUUAAUUGAAGUAUAGCGUGGGCACACAUUCGUGUUACCUCGCCUCGCCUCGCCCGACUUCCGAUUGUUAAGCCCGAUCCGACCAAACUUAUCCGAGAAUAACUCCUGGUAUAACUGGCACAUUGGCAGUUUCAGUAUGGGAAUUAUGUCAAAAUAACUGACGAUUUAUUCUGAGAUUAAUUUUUAUUCUUGUUUGGUCGAAUCCUGCAAAUGGCGCAAGUACAUUGCAGGAAAUUGGCCGAGACGUAUAGUGUGAACACCAUCUCGGUUACUUUUUCUUCGCUAAGUGUACUUGCGCCAUAAGAAUAAAAUAUGUGACAAAUUCAAUUUCAAAAUCUACAUAUCGUGUAUUAAACAAUGUAUCAUAUAAAUAGUUAUUACAUAAAUACAUACGUACGUUGGUCGCUGAUAAAAUAAUACACAUACUUAUAAUAAAAAGGAAACUGCCAAUCUAUGUGCAAGCCGGUUGCGACAUUUUUAUUGUUCAAAAGAUAUCCGAUAACAGUUAUUUACAACAGUUAUUAUAAUUAGACACAGCAAAAGUACGUAAAAAGUAUUUUAUCAAUGUUUACGAUGAUUUUACUUGUAAUGGAAAUUGUUGAUGAUAGAAUGCACUGAAUUGGAAUAAAUUGUUACCACACUAAUAUUAUAAAGAUGAAAGAUUUCUUCUUAUUGUCGUGUCGACGACAAACCUACACAGUGUCAGCCCAAAACUCCGCCACAAGAAUGGCGUUGUCAGUAGCCUUCAUUAAAUCUUCCUGCGUACAGUUGUUUGGGCACGCAGGGCACGACAUCAUGUGCUUCGUCGACUGGGGAACAAAACCGCAUAUGCACUCAAAGUUUUAACCAUAAAAAAAUCCCCACGUAAACAGAUUGAAUUAGUUGAUUAUAUUUGAUAUUGAAUAUGCUCCGAAACUGCUGGACCGAUUUGUGAAAUUCUUUCACCAUUAGAAUCCUACAUUAUUUCUAGUGAACAAAGGCGGUACAAAGUUCGCCGGAUCAGCUACUUGACUUUAUAAUCGACAAGACUGCAAGGCUUAGCCGCGUGAAUUUUAGUCUGCUACAGCCUAUGUUACUCAGGAAUAAUUAAAAUGGUGAAAGAAUGUUUGAAAUCAGUCCACUAGUUUUUGAGUUUAUUCGUUACAAACAUACAAAUCUUUUCUCUUUUUAAUAUUAAUAUGAUAUUGAUAUUUUUUUGUUUCAUUUAUCUACACUUUGAGUCUAUUCGUAAAUGAAUGCCCCUUUAACUUAUAAAAAAAAACUUUAAAAACGAAGGCAAAAGAUUGAUGAAAAAUUAGCUAAAUAGUUUCCUAUGAUUAUUAAUAAAUCAUGGUGAACUUGAAUUGCAAGAUAUGUCCAAAUAGAUACUUUAUAUAUUAUUUUUAAUAAUAACAUUAUGAAUAAAUUCGCAAAUUACACGGUUGGUUUUAUAAAUUAGGAGAGAAUAUUCUAAAUUAAUAUAUUGAUUUUAUUGAAUAAUAGAUUUGGCAAUUGAUGACUGUUGUACAUGAUUUGGUAGAUAGAAUAAUAUAUUUAUGUGUGUUAAAACUCAUUUUUAUUACUAGGCAUAUGAUAUGAAAAAUAACUCACAAGUACCAAUACAUCAACAAUAUUUCGUGCAAUAAUAACUAUAAAAAGAUUUUCAAAAUCGCAAAAAUAAUCAUCGAUUUUAAAUAAAUUAUAAUAACUGUUGAGUCAUUUUAAAUAUCACACUGUCAUUGAAAUUGAAUUUAUUUUAAUCAACUGUAAAUUAUUUUUAACGCAGAUAAAUAGGUGAUAUAAAUUGUCACUGUCAAACUGACAGCAAAAAUAUGUACAGUCAUGUACAACGGUCUUAAUAAAUUAAUAAAAUAUAGUAUUGUGCGUGGUUAAAAAAAAAAUUGAAGGCAUAAAAUUCCAAAUUACCUGUGCUGUAAUCGGUCUACUUUUUAAUCUGUGAUUGAAUAAUCAAGAAUUUUUAUUUAAUUAUUUUCUAAAAGUAAAAAUAUGAAUUUUGGGUAGAACUGACUUUUUUCUACUAAAAAAAACAUAUUUUUUCGUAUGCUCUUCUCUGAAGAUAUGAUUUUUAAUUUAUUGAUCUCUUAGAAAUUAAAUGUAUAAUAUUGGCAUAUAAAAUAUAUCGUGGUCAUUAAAACACAUUAUUUUCUU